AUGCGGACAUGGCGACGGACCUUCGCUACGUCUGUUGUCAGACUGAACCAUAAUCCUGCCACGCGCAGCGCCGGACCCGCGCCGCUACGCUGUGUCCAGGUGCUCCAGCGAAGCCGCAACGGGCCCUGCGAUCUCGAAGACCAGGAGAUCAAAUUGAAUGGGUUCGUUCGCUCGGUCCGAAAACAAAAACGCUUCGCGUUUGCCGAGAUCUCCGAUGGCUCGACCGUGGAGCCGUUGCAAGCGUUCUUAAAGCCAGCGCAGGCAGCCGAGCUAUCUACGGGCACAGCGGUUGAGAUUUCUGGGAUUUGGAAGGCCUGUCCACCAGGCAAGGAGCAGACCCAUGAGCUCCAGGCUACAGAAGUGAAAAUCGUCGGCGAAGCCGACCCCGAGAAAAAGUACCACAGUCCCGAAUUCCUCCGUCAGAUCCCUCACCUCCGCAUCCGCACGCCGUUCAACUCCCUCCUCUCGCGCUUCCGCUCCGAAUGCCUCUACCAACUGGGCAAUGUAUUUCGCUCCGCCCCGAACGGCGGCUUCGUCCAGGUGCACCCGCCGCUCAUUACAUCGUCCGACUGCGAAGGCGCCGGGGAAACUUUUACCGUCGUACCGCGCGAGGCGAUGGGUUCCCAGCAGCCGGACGGUGAGCACUUCUUCCGCGCCCCGAAAUACCUGACCGUGUCGUCGCAGCUGCACCUGGAGGCCUACGCGGCGGAGCUCGGAAACGUCUGGACGAUGUCGCCCAUGUUCCGCGCCGAGAAGAGCGACACCCCGCGCCACCUCAGCGAGUUCUACAUGCUCGAGGCCGAGGUCAACUUCAUAUAUGAUCUGGACGCGCUGACCGGGCUCGUCGAGCACCUCCUCCGCGACCUGACCCGCCGUCUCUACGACACCCCCGUCGGACAGGAGAUUCUGGCCGCGAAGCGAUCCGGCGAGGCCGGGCAGGAGCACCCCGACGAGUCGAACGCGGUCCUCCGACAGCGGUGGCAGGACAUGAUGGACGGACCGCGGUGGGCGCGCAUCACCUACACGGACGCCAUUGCGGCGCUGCAGGACGCCGUCGCCUCGGGCCAGGCGUCCUUCGAGUACGAGCCGCAGUGGACCGACGGCCUGCAGCUCGAGCACGAGAAGUACAUCGUCGAUGUACUCCACCGCGGCCGCCCCGUGUUCGUCACGGACUACCCGAAGGCCAUCAAGCCGUUCUACAUGGCGCCGUCGGACGCUUCCACCGCGCCUCCCGGCGACACGGUCGCGUGCUUCGAUCUACUGCUCCCCGAGGUCAGCGAGGUGGCCGGGGGCUCCCUGCGCGAGCAUCGUCUCCCGCAGAUCAUCCAGAACAUGCGGGAUCACUUCCUCAUCAAGACUCGCGACGAACAGUCGAGCCCGGACGCAGAGCCGCUGUACCCCCAUCUCCUGCCCGGCGAGGACCUGGGCCAUCUGCAAUGGUACGCGGAUCUCCGGCGCUGGGGCACAGCUCCCCACGGCGGAUUUGGGCUCGGAUUCGACCGGUUCUUGGGCUUCCUGGCCGGCGUGUCCAGCGUGCGCGAUGUCGUAUCGUUUCCGCGAUACUUUGGCCGGGCAGACUGCUGA